AGCUGACGCUGGAAGGUCAGCUCAGGGGAUGAUAAUUUGGUGAUUUGAGUGGUUAAUGUUUAUUUUGACUUUAUAGUUUAUUUUGUGAUUUCAUAGUUUAAAUGUGUAUUUCUGUAUGGUGAAUUUCUUAAUUUGUUUGCCGUUUGUAUUUUAUUAUUAUUCUAUCGUUGAAGUUGAGGUCAUGUGAUCCUGUGUGUGCUGAUUAAUUCAGCUGGACGUGUUAGCGUCAAUGUAAUGAUGUGAUGUGAAACUAAGACCGCAGGAUAGUGCUCCUGACUUAAAUCUACUGUUGGUUACCAGGCGAAUACGUUUUCACGGUGUCUCUGGAAUAAAUAAACAAAAAUGGACAUCAGUACUUCGGAAGCGUGGACUGUUUUGUAAUCAGCGAGUAGUUACAGUGAAAACGUAACCUAAUUCCAUUCUACCGACUACGAGAUGUGCUUUGGCGGUGAUCCUCCAGUUUCGGCGAGCAGCCUGCCACUUCCAAGUCUCUGCACGCGGAUGAACUGUUUUCCGUGGUGAUCGCCGAUGCUGCUGUCUUCGGUGUGCGGAUCUGUUGUGCCUUCCUUGGACUUCGCGUGCCGUUCGAUUGUGUCCCGUGGUGAACUUAAAGGACUUGGCGUGCAGUGUUUGCCUUCUAUGAUGGACCGUUGCGAGCUUUAGUGUGCAAAUCUGCUACAUGACCGUCAAUGGAGGAUCUUCUCACGCAACUUUGUCAGCUGCGUAUCAGCAGGUUAGAUGUGCAAUGUCAAAUGAUCCUUUUUGUAAAUGAUGGAUAGUUUUAAGUAAAAAAAAAAAAAAAAAAAAAAAAAAAAAGUUCCAGAGAUAACUGAUUCUUAACUGCAUGAUUGUAAUGUGUUUAAGAUUUCUUAAGUAGAUAAAUGUCUAAGUGUUAAGGGCAUUUAAGUUAAUUUGUUACUCAGUCUAAGAUUGUUUCACUACUAUCUAUUGCGAUCAUAAAUGUCAUAUUUUGUACUAUUUGUAAAAGCACACUUUUUUUAGAAAAAUGUCAGUCCAGGGUGAGUCAGCUGAACAAAAUGAUUCUCCAUUAUCAGAGCAAGUAGAUUUAUUGGCAGAGAAUUUGGAUGGUGUUGUGAGGCCUCGACAUGUAUCAUGUGCAUCAUGCACCGAGAAAUCUGAGGCAAGGCGUAAAGAGCUUAAUUCUGUGUUAUUAGAGACAACUGAAAUCAGAAAAUCCUCCCGUGAUAAACGUUUAACUCCAAAGAUGCAGGAGUUAAAAGAGCAAGAACUGAUUCAAAAGGAGAGGAAGUUUAAAUCUGUAUAUGAGAAAUGGAAGUCUCAAGCCAGAGAUGUUCGUUCAAAGUUAAAACGUGAGUGCUCUGAAAAAGACUUGUGUGACAUGAUGGAUGAGGUUGAGAGGCAAGAGUUUGAAUUGAAAGAGUUAUAUGAUAACAUGCGACUCCAAGCACCACCAAGCCAAGAAACUAGGAGGAAAAUUGAUGCAUGUUCGGCUGUAACGGCAGACUUGAUGAAAUUAAUGAGGGUACGCAUGGUGGAAGAUGGCAUAGAAUUUGAUGCUGAAGCUGAGAGAGCAAGGUUACGUAUGCUACUGGACUGUGAGUACGCUAGGUCUAUAUAUGGAUCCACGGUGGGUAGAGCUACGGUCGUUAGCAAUCAUUCUAAACCUGCAUCGGAGUCUGAAAGCAUUUCAGCUAAGAGAGCUGAGACUGCCGCGCUGUUGGCCGCGAAAAAGGCUGAAGUGGAAAUGGAGGCUGACAUCGAAGCACAAAGGCAGCAACUGAAGAAGCUGGAAGAUCGUAGAGACAUUGAGGUUAUGGAGGCAAGGCUCAGAGUGUAUACUGAGGAGGAGUCAAGGAUAAAAAGUCAACGGUGUGAUUCAGUAUGUGACGUGAGUAACCACAGCCCCCUGGUUCCUAACACAUGUUUGAAUCAGCAAGUUACAAGAAGUGAAGUAUCCUUAGUACAGGCCUUACAAGGGUCUAUGGCUCUAUCUCGACUCCCAGCUCCAGAACCCUUUGUAUUUUAUGGCGACCCAUUGAAGUUUAUAGAAUGGAGCACCACCUUUAAAGCUCUAAUAGAGGGACGGUGCUCAAAUCCCGCAGAUAAGCUCUUCUACUUACAGAAGUAUGUUGACGGUGAGGCAAGAUCGGCUCUGGAAGGUAGCUUCUACAGGAAAGAUGAACAGGCCUAUCAGCAAGCGUGGGAGAAGUUGAAUGCCAGAUAUGGUCACUCCUUUGUGGUGCAACGUGCCUUUAGAGAGAAACUUAAUAGGUGGCCUAAGAUUGGUGCAGCCGAGUACGUCAAGUUAAGAGAGUUCAGUGACUUCCUACAAUCAUGUAGUGAUGCUUUGCCGCAUAUUAAGGGUCUUCAAGUGCUGAAUGAUUGCGAGGAAAAUCAGAGGAUACUGGCCAAGCUUCCUUUCUGGGUGACAAGCAGGUGGAACCGUUAUGUCACAGAACAGCUGGAUAAAGACCAAGAUUAUCCAAGCUUUAAUCAGUUUGCCUCAUUUGUAUCAAAAGAAGCACGCAUAGCGUGCAAUCCUGUGUCAUCAUUGUAUGCACUAAAGACUGUUGAAGAGAAGCCAUCUAAGGAAAUAAAGCGUUCAAGAGUAAACACGUUUGCAACCACUGCGAAGGCUUUAGAUGCAGCAUAUGCUACGGCUGAAUUCAGUGACCUUACCGACCGUGAGACUGAAGAGACUUGUAGGAAGAAAACUACCUUUGUGAGUAGCCUAAAUUCAGUUGAAUGUAUGUUCUGUGAUGAUCGUCAUUCUAUUCAGGAAUGUCCAAAACUAAUGGAAAGGGUAGUAGAGGAAAAGAGGAAGUUUGUCAUGGAGAAUAAGUUGUGCUUUGCAUGUUUAAGAAGAGGGCAUGGCUCCAAAGACUGCAGAAAUAGAGCUGUGUGUGGGUUAUGCAAGAAGCGCCACCCCACUUCAUUACAUGAAGAUCGUCAGCCAGAAAACAAGUCGUCUCCACGGAUAGCUUUGCAGACGGAAGAGAAUGCAUUCUCUCUAACAUGCUGUACGAAGGGUGGAGAAGGUGAUAUAACAUCUAUGAUUGUCCCAGUAUGGCUGUCUUUAUCUAACUCAGAGUCUGAAGUCUGUGUAUAUGCUUUACUAGACACCCAGAGUAGUCACACAUUUGUGGAUCAGGAAGUGUGUGAAAGCUUGCAGGCAUUAAUGGAACCGGUAAAACUAAAGCUUUCCACAAUGAUGGAAAAAGACUCUGUUGUAAUGAGUCACAGUGUAAGUGGACUUCAGGUUAGAGGAUUUUCUUCGGACAUCCCUAUCUGUCUGCCUCCUGUUUACACAAGAGACUUUAUUCCCUUUGUGCCCACACAUAUUCCAACCUGCGAAACAGCUAAACGGUGGAGACACCUAGAGGUGAUCGCUAAUGAAAUGCCCGUACGGAUGGAUUGUGGAGUAGGUCUAUUGAUCGGCUAUGAUUGCUCCAGAGCACUGAUGCCACGACAGGUCAUCACUGGUGGGGAUGAAGAGCCUUAUGCCAUCAAGACGGACCUUGGCUGGAGCAUCAUAGGAGGAACUCCAGGAUGUGUAAACUCCAAGUUUGGGACUGGUUUAUGCCAUCGCAUAUCAGUCAGAGAACUCCCCUCCGUGACACCUGCCACUGUUAUUAGGGCACUUGAGCUGGAUUUUAUAGAUAUUUCAUCCGGUGAAAAGAGUAAAUCACAAGAUGAUAUUCAGUUCCUGCAGGUAGUAAAAGAGGGUGUCUAUCAAAAUGAGUAUGGCCAUCUUGAGAUGCCUCUUCCUUUUAAAAUACGGCCUCAGCUUCCAAAUAAUAGGAGUCUUGCAUUAGGACGGUUGAAGCACCUCAAGAGGAAACUGGACAAGAAUCCUCAAUUCAGACAGGACUAUGUGAAGUUUAUGGAAGAUGUCUUCAGAGAUGGAGAUGCGGAAAUAGCAAAUGAGCAACCAGACCCGGGUAAUGUGUGGUAUAUUCCCCAUCAAGGCGUCUAUCACCAUAGGAAACCAAAUAAGAUCAGGAUAGUCUUUGACUGCGCCGCUAGGUAUGAAGGUACCGCGUUAAAUGACCAUCUAUUGACAGGGCCUGACCUUACCAAUGGAUUGACUGGAGUGCUUUGCCGUUUCCGUAAACACCCUAUCGCUGUCAUGUGUGACAUUGAGAAAAUGUUUCAUAGAUUUCAUGUUAUUAAGGAAGAUCGGGACUAUCUGCGUUUUCUGUGGUGGGCAAAUGGGGAUACCGACGCAGAACCCAGAGAAUAUCGCAUGAAAGUACACCUUUUUGGAGCAUCAUCUUCUCCAGGCUGCGCCAAUUAUGGCCUGAAGUAUCUCGCCAAUAUGAAUGAGAGUGAGUAUCCUUUGGCAGCGGGGUUUAUCAGGAACCAUUUUUAUGUGGACGACGGCCUUGUAAGCCUGGAAUCUGUUGAGGUAGCAAUCAAGCUGGUGAAGGAAGCUCAGGCCGUGUGUGCUAAGGGAAAGCUGCAUCUUCACAAGUUUAUUUCAAACAACCGAGAAGUGUUGGAGUCAAUCAGUCCGUGUGAUCAUGCUGCUGAAGUAAAGAACGUUGACUUUCAUCAUGACUUUCUUCCAGUACAAAAUGUCUUGGGCGUAAGGUGGGAUGUAGAGAAUGAUGUAUUCACAUUCAAGGUUGUUCUUGAAAGGAAACCUGCGACACGACGUGGAAUUCUGUCCAUGGUGGCUUCAGUCUAUGACCCUUUGGGGUUUUUGGCCCCAUUUGUCAUAUCUGGCAAGAAGGUCCUGCAGGAGAUGUGCCAGAAGGGCAUCAGUUGGGAUGAACCGUUACCCUCUGAACUGAGACCAAGGUGGGAGAGUUGGUUGAAUGAUCUGCCCAACCUAGGGAAGGUACAGAUUCCACGAUGUUUCGCCCCUCCAAAUUUUGGGCCGAUUCUGAGCAUUGAAUUGCACCACUUUUCUGAUGCUAGCAGUCAAGGCUAUGGGCAGUGCUCUUAUAUCAGAUUGAUGAGUGAAAGUAAGAUACAUUGUGCUUUAGUUAUGGGUAAAGCAAGAGUUGCUCCCAUCAAAGUUGUCACUAUACCAAGAUUAGAGUUAACUGCAGCAGUCAUCUCUGCUGCUGUUAGUAGUACGUUGAAAGAGGAGUUGGCACUCAGAGUCGAUAGAGAAUAUUUCUGGACAGAUUCUCAAGUGGUCCUUGGCUAUAUCAACAAUGAAGCAAGAAGAUUUCAUGUCUUUGUUGCUAACCGGGUCCAGAGAAUUCGGGAGGCCACCGAUCCAAGACAGUGGUAUUACAUCAAUACAGAAGAGAAUCCUGCUGACCAUGCCUCGAGGGGCCUUACUGUAGAGGAGUUGAUCAGUUCAAACUGGUUGACAGGGCCCAGAUUCCUCUGGGAGAAAGAGAUAUUUGCUAAACAAGGAACGUUGGAGCUGUCGGUGGGAGACCCGGAGGUCAAGGCUGUCCAGGUAUUGAGGACCGAGAUUAUGACUGAGGUGGAUUUUCAACAGCGACUAUCACGACUAUCAAAAUGGACUACAGCUGUGAAUGUCAUUGCUCGCAUCCAAAGAUUAGCAAGGAAGAUGAAGACUCCAACAUCUUUAAAUGUCGAGGAGAGGAGGAGGGCCUCAUUUACUCUUAUUCAGCUUGCACAACAGGAUGCUUUCAAAGAAGAGUUGAAUGUACUCAGUCAGGACUCGGGCAGGCUGCCUUCAAGCCAUCCUCUGUAUCAGCUUGAUCCAUUCAUGCAGGAUGGAAUAAUGAGGGUGGGAGGACGAUUGAGGAGGGCAUGUGCUCCUCUUGAAUUACGAUACCCAGCAAUCCUUCCAAGUAAUGGUCUGAUCACAUACCUUGUAUUGGCACACUAUCAUCAAAAAAUUCAACAUCAAGGCAGGGGACAGACUCUGAAUGAACUGCGAGCCAAUGGCUUUUGGAUCAUGGGUGGCAGUAAGGUGGUAGCGCACUACAUACGACAGUGUGUUCCUUGUAGGAGAGCACGUAGGCCGCCAGAACAACAACGGAUGGCGGACUUGCCCCAUGACCGAACUGACCCCUCCCCGCCAUUUACCUAUUGUGGCAUGGACUGUUUUGGUCCUUUUUACACCAAGCAAGGUCGUAAAACACAUAAACGAUAUGGCCUUCUUUUACUUGUCUUUGCUCCAGAGCAGUCCACGUAG